GCCCUUAGACCUGCAGAUCUAUUACUUUAUUCUUAGGAUCGUGGUCGUGAUGUUUGUGUUGAUUUGACAGGGUCUUAUCCUUUGACACAGUCUGGGCUAUCUGACUUUGUUCCUGGACGAGUUGUGGUUGAUGCAGCUCAUCAGAUCGGGUCAAGUAUGAAUCUAGUUGUCGAGCAAUUGGAUAUGGAUUCCUUCCCUUCUAGUGGACCUUAGCGGAGUAGCUUGGGCUCGUAAAGACCGUGCUAAAAACGAUGAUCAUUAGGAUCUUGUUUUCCUUUUUGUUUGUUAUUUUUGCUUUGGUUUUUACUUUCUAGUCCUUUUUAGUUUCGCUGAAAUACUACAAUGGAGGAUAAAACUGGACCUUCUUCUUCCUCCUCCAAUGCUGAUAAGAAGCGAAAACGAGUUACAGACUUUGAUUCCGACUCGCAACUCAACGACGAUCACGAUGAACUCCUCUCUUUUGAGAAGAGUCUUACGUUUAGCGAUACUUUAGUUGCUCUUCGGAUGAUGCAGGCUCAAUUCCCCAAGCUUGAGAAGGUAACUGUCAAACCCUUCAUCUUACAUUCGCAACUGUAUAGCAGCGUAAAGGAUAGAACUCAGGUUGACCAAGAAUUAGAGUUGUUGAAGAGGGAUAAAGUUCUGCGUGUUUUUAAACUAAAUACAGGGCAGGAUGAUCAUGCAAUUAUGUUUCUUGAAGACUACAUACAGCAGAUAGAUAAUAUUUCAAAGAAGAUAGGAACUAAGAAGGAAAGUGACUUUGCUGUGUUUGGUUGGUUCAAGUCUCAUGUUAUCACGUCCAAGUUAGAGCCAAGCAUUUCACAUCAAGAGCUUUACUCCCUGUUAUCAGCAGGAGGAAAAAUGAAGGACGAAUAUAUAUCUCUCUUGGUUAAUGCAGGCAUUAUUACUCGACAACUUAUUGAUCCAAACGUUUACUGGUUUGCUAUUCCAAAUAUUGGCUCGAUUCUAAAGGGGAUCUCUCAGGGGAGAAAGGAAUUGCUGUCAUUUCUGAAUCGCAGGAAAUACAAGGAAAUGAUGCUGGCUUUACUUGAGAAAAAGCGCCUUCGAUUUUCUCCCCUUGACAUGAGAUUUCAUCUUCGCGAUUUAAUUGGCUCAGGUCACCUGCAGACAUGUCAGACUCCAACUGGCAUAGUAGUUCGAGUUUUAAAGGAUUAGAUUUUAGACAAAGAAUUUUUGCAUGUUCCCUAUCAGAACACUGGAUUUGGUUAGCCAAAGUGUUAUAAUGAAGGUAAAGGCGAGGUUAAGGCAAUCCAGUGGUAUAAUGAUGAAUUACAAAAUGUUGCUGUGUCUUUCGCUCGGCCUUCUCAUACAUGUUGGCUUGUUGAACAAUUUCACUGGACAGGUGGGCUCUUCUCGCUGAGUGAUGCCUCUAUUCAGACAACAGAGCUUUAGUUUGGAAUUAGAGGUCAGGGCUGUAUGUUCUGUACAUAACUUACUGGAACACUAUUCUAUUUUUAAAUUUGGAUAGUUCUAUUGGUCAAUAUAAAACUGUAUUUAUCUA